GGCUGGCGGUGCUCCCCUCCCCGGGUGGUGUGCCCUGAGGCCACCUGCUGCUCCCUGUCCAGUCUCCCUGGGUGCUCUGUGCAGACAGAGAGGUCACCUGGAGAGACCUUCCCAGGCUCCAGCUUCCACCAGCCCCCGGCGCCUCCCGGCGUCACUCCCACCUGCGCACUUACACAACCAGUGAUAAGGCAGCGUCCGUUCUCAGGCCUCUGGUACGUGGUCUCCAUGGUGUCCGACUGCAAAGUCUUCCUGGGCAAGAAGGACCACCUGCUGAUGUCCACCAGGGCCAUCAGGGCCACCGCGGGGGGCGGCCUCAGCGUCCACAUGGAGUUCCCCGGGGCAGACGGCUGUAAGCAGGUGGAUGCUGAGUACCUGAAGGUGGGCUCCGCGGGGCACUUCAGAGUCCCAGCCUUGGGCUACCUGGACGUGCGUGUGGUGGACACGGACUACAGCUCCUUCGCGGUCGUCUACAUCUACAAGGAGCUGGAGGGGGCCCUCAGCACCAUGGUGCAGCUCUACAGCCGGACCCCGGACGCAAGUCCCCAGGCGGUGAAGGCCUUGCGGGACUUCUACCCGACCGUGGGGCUCCCUGACGACAUGAUGGUCCUGCUGCCCAAGUCAGACGCGUGCUCCCCCAAGGACAAGGAGGCGCCCUGACACCUCUGGACACCACCUCGCCCCCCCCAGGUGAGCCCGGGCCGCAGGCCUCGCCACCCUGGGAGUCCAGACCCGCGGGGGGACCGCCGUGGCCGCCUCCUCCACCUGCCAGCCCCGCUCCCACAGACCCCUCCUCCUCCCUCUCAAUAAACAGAUUCCGCAGCCUGA